CGGAAGUAAUUUACACUAAAUUACUUGGCAAUACAUUCUAUACUGUUUUAUUAUCAUGGAAAGGAUUAUUGCUUCUUUGUUUAUAAAAGGUCGCAUAUUAUUUUCGUUCCGAAAGAAUGUACGAGUUAAUGCGCUUCUCUAAAAUAUGCUGCAGGAUAUUCUCAUUAUAUAUAAGGAAAACUUAUUGAGUGAAAAUUUUAUUCUUCCAAGUGCUUUGAGUUAGAAUAUAAAAAAUUAUUUUUGAUAUUCGACCAUGUUUCAUAUAUUAUGCACGGUUUUGUUUGUGGGUAUUUUGAGAAAUUGUAUUCUGGCACAAGAUACGAUUACUUUUAACAGUACAACUACAACUAUGUCGUCAAGUCAAAAUAUAACAUCGUGUUGCGUUUUAAAGAAUAACUGUCCAUCUAUCAAUCCAGGAAUCGAUUUUCGAAUUGUUAAUACGGCUUCUAAUUGUUCUGAAGGGCAAGUAUAUUGUUGUUCAUCUAACUCACAAAACUUAUUUGACACUACUUGCGGUAUCAGAAAAAUCUCGCCAUCUUCACAUCCUCAAGGUCAAGCCAGUUACGGUGCAUAUCCUUGGCAAGUUGCACUUUUAACAACUAACAAUAAUUAUAUUGGUUCUGGUGUACUUAUUACAUCAAAUCAUGUGUUAACUGUAGCUCACAAGGUAACAUCUUAUAUAAAUGGUGGACUUAAAGUAAGAUUAGGAGAAUGGGAUGGCCAAUCUACUAAUGAACCUUAUCCAUAUCAAGAUUAUUCAAUUAAAAAAAUAUCUAUACAUCCUGAAUUUAAUUCCCUUAAUCUUCAAAAUGAUGUAGCAGUAAUAACUUUGAAUAAUACUGUUCCGAUUUCAAGCAGUCCUAAUAUUAACACUGCAUGUUUUCCUACAGCAAUACCUGCAGCUAAUACAAAAUGUUGGGUGUCAGGCUGGGGAAAGAAUGCAUUUGGAACAAAUGGCAAGUACCAAAGUAUAAUGAAAGAAGUAGAAGUACCUAUUGUUGAUCAAUCAAUUUGUGAAAAUGAUUUACGGAAAACUAGACUUGGACAAUACUUUACACUAAAUAAAAGUAGUUUUAUAUGUGCAGGAGGGGAGCAAGGAAAAGAUGCAUGCACAGGUGAUGGAGGUUCACCAUUAGUAUGUCAAAAUGGAAAUGGACAAUGGCAAGUGGUUGGAAUGGUUACAUGGGGUAUUGGUUGUGCAACUAGUAAUGUUCCUGGUGUAUAUAUAAAUGUAUAUAAUUAUAUUUCAUGGAUUAAACAACAAAUAAAUUAAAGUAAAUAACUAUAUAUUAUAUAAUAUAUAUUUUUAGUUAUAUA